GCAUGUGAUGUUUCGCCGGCCACGAGAAACUAUCAACAUCAUCGCUAACGAAUAUCAAGUGAUGCAGGAGCGUAGUUUAUUUUGAAAAAAAAAGACCACCUCUUUAAGAGGCAGGAAGUUUUUUUUUUAGAAUAACUAUGAGUCCAAAAUUAGAUAGCGUUAUUGAUAUUGACAACACUAUUAUUGAUGUGUAUAGAUGGUCUAUACCAAGACCGUCGUUUUCGUCAUCAAGACAAGACAAUUCCAGUGACAAAUCGCAACCAAGCUCAUCCACAUCGCCUAAUCAACUAAGCAUAAAGAGUAAAUCAUCUACAACUUCAAUGCUACUACUAUGUGCUGAAAACUUAGAUGCCCAUAACAAAUAUAUUGAUCGAAACAAUGAUUUAGAUACUUUAUCAGUAGCAUCAUCAAAUCAUUUUACAAUUGUUAAUGGCAUAGGGCAUAAUCGACAUAAGUCUAGAAAGCCUACCACAUGUUGUUGUGAACGACAUCAACUUACUGUAUUGGUCAUUUCUAUGACAAUCGUUUUCUUCCUAACAAUUGUAUACUGCAUCUACUAUGUUCACAGAAGUGCAAUAAACUCUACAAACAACUUUGCUUAAAAACCAAGUCAUUCACUUUAUCAAUAUUACAAGAUCCCAAAGAAAUAUGGACUACUAUAAUAAAAUGGAAUAUUAUUAUUUAUAAAUUGUGUAGUAUAUAAGAAGACAAGAAGUAUAAAUGUAUAUUUAAUUAUACACCUACUUUAAGAUUUUAUUUAAAUUAUUGUAUUAAAUAAAUUGAUAUGAAUUAAAUCUUAAAA